AUGGAACCCCUUCCUGGCGGCAACACUCGUUUCCGCCGCCGCCGCCACUAUCCGUCCGGCGAUAGAUUCCUGGCCAUGCUGCAGCAGCCACCGUCCUCUUCCCCCUCACCCCCACUCGAACUCUCAGAGCACGACAUUUUCGACACUCCCUUAGAAUGCCUGCCCCCUUCUUCGACCCGCCCGACCCUCAAUCCGGAUCCAAAACCCGCCCCAACCACGAACCCCAAACAAUACGGCAUCCUAGCCGCCGUAACCAUCAGCCACACGGCCCGAUCUGCGGCCGGGUUGAAUACCCGGCCCGUUUUCAACCACAAGGCCUCCCCUGUAACCUCGGCCACGCCUGUUCUAACGAUCCGAAAGCCGCCGCCGGCUGAAGGGGCCAGGGCUCGGUUCCGUCCUCGAUCUGCGCCGGUGAAUAUUCCGGUGGUGCCGGCGGCGUUGAUGAAGAGGAGGGCGAUGGAGAUAAAGGACGCCAUUUCUGAAGGGGAAGAGGAAGAAGACGAGGACGAGAUGGUUUUCCCGCCACACGAGGUGGUGGCAGACAGGCAUCCGCCGCGGGCGGCCUGCUCAGUGAUGGAGGGUGCUGGCCGGACAUUGAAAGGGAGGGAUCUCAGGCAGGUGCGCAAUGCCGUUUGGCGAAAGAUUGGUUUUCUUGAUUGA